AUGGGCAACUGUCAGGGAUCGUCCUCUUCGCGGGUGGACAGCACGAAUGGUGCGCAAAUUCUCGCGGGUGAGAGUUCGUUCCCUCAUCUGGGUCUGUGAUUUCCCCCCUGUUUCUCACUCUACGGUGUCUCCCGUCCUGGUGAUCUCCCGUUUGCCUCAGCCUUCCGAGGUAUUGGAUUCGCCCAAUCGUGCCCUUCUGUUCUUGAGAUUUUUGGUUGCCCGGAAUUCCUGCUGCUUCUUGGAUCGACGGGAAUUAUGUCAUGAGUGCCUAUCUUUUUUUCCCUCGGUGUCUCGGAUUAGGGUUUCCGUGCCCUCCCUUCCUGACCUGGUUCUCCUCCAUGGACGAACAGACCCCUCCAAUCCGAGCAGCAAGACCGGGCUUUCCUUCCCGUCCACUCGGACGAAGUCCUCGGCCUGCUCCUCCUCGACGGCGCCGUCCUUCAGCGGCAAGAGUUCCGGUGGGAGCCUCCCCACGCCGAGAACGGAGGGGGAGAUCCUCUCCUCCUCCAACGUGAAGGCCUUCACCUUCAACGAGCUCCGCAGCGCCACCAGGAACUUCCGCCCUGACAGCCUCCUCGGAGAAGGAGGAUUCGGCUCCGUCUUCAAGGGCUGGAUCGACGAGCACACCCUCUGCGCGACGAAGCCCGGCGCCGGCAUGGUGGUCGCCGUCAAGAAGCUCAACCCGGAGAGCUUCCAAGGGCACAAGGAGUGGCUGGUUCUUCCUCGACCUUCUCCAUUUCUUUUCUUUUCUUUUCCUGUUGCUGCUGCUGCUCCUGCUGCCUGGUUCUUCCUUUCGACCCUUCUUCUCCAUGUCUGUGCUGCAGACUGAGGUGCAGUACCUGGGUCAACUUCACCAUCCGAAUUUGGUCAAACUGAUUGGAUACUGCUCGGAGGGUGACAACCGGCUGCUGGUUUAUGAAUUCAUGUCCAAAGGGAGCUUGGAGAAUCACUUGUUCAGAAGUAAGCAUCCCCCCCCCCACCCCCCUAAUAUUUUUCUCAUAAAUUAAAUAUACACGAUUUAAUUUUAUUUUUCUAUAGCUUACCUCAGCACUGUUCUUGAAGCCCCCAUCUUCUGAGAUGUUGAUCAGAUCUUCUCUCUUAUCAUUAGAGUAAGGAAGAUUAUGGUCCCAUCCAUCAUCUGCUGAGAUAUGUGGAUCUCUAACAAUGCCAAUUAAUUACACGUAUUAAUCGGUAGAUUGCACCAAGUUUCACAAGCCAAACCUUGAGUUGACCAGGAACGACCAGUUGAGUUGACUCUGUAUUCGCUGCCAUGCUGCAAGCUUAAUCGACGGAUCUUCCUGCCCUUUAGAUGAUGGAUGGUGACGUUGUUUUCUUCUAAGUAUGGGAAAUCAAGGACUCAAAACCAUGCUCCAAGCAUAAAUUUCAUUGGGAGAUCUUCCUGUCCUUUAGAUGCUGAUGAUGAUGAUGCUGAUGAUGAUGAUGGUGUUUUCUUCUAAAUAUGGAACAUUAAGAAUCUAAGACCAUGAUGCUAUUUGACGUAACAUUUCCUCUUUCAGGAGGCUCCCAGCCGCUUUCCUGGGCAAUAAGGCUCAAAGUCGCUGUCGGAGCCGCCAGGGGGCUCUCGUUCCUCCACGACUCCGAGUCCCAAGUGAUAUACCGGGACGUGAAGGCUUCGAACAUCCUUCUUGAUGCGGUAGGCUGGAGAGAGAAGAUGCCGGAGCUCAUGAGCUUCCGUUUUUGGGAAAAGGAAUCCUCCAAUGUCGGGCGUUGACUUUGCGCAGGAUUUCCUCGCCAAGCUGUCGGACUUUGGGCUGGCGAAGGCGGGCCCAACGGGGGACAAGACCCAUGUCUCCACACAGGUCAUGGGGACUCACGGGUACGCAGCUCCCGAGUAUAUCGCCACAGGUCAACAUACAUGCCCUCUUCUUCUGUAGAACCCGCCCACAUGUUGGCUGCCGCUGCUGAUUCCGGCUUGGUGGGCAGGUCGUCUGUCGGCGAAGGCCGACGUGUACAGCUUCGGAGUGGUCCUGCUGGAGCUCCUGACGGGGCGGCGCGCCGUCGACAAGGACGGCGGCGGCGGCGGCAGAGGCGUGGAGCAGAGCCUGGUGGACUGGUGCAGGCUUUACCUGGGAGACAGGCGGAAGGUCUACCGGGUGAUUGACCCAAGACUGGAGGGGCAGUACCCGAAGAAGGCGGCCAUCGCCGUCGCUGCACUGGCGGCCCAAUGCACCACCGACGAGGCCAAGCUCCGGCCGAGGAUGUCGGAGGUCCUGGCGGCGCUGGAGCAACUGCUGGACCGGAGGGAGACGCCGCCGGUGGCGGCCCCGCCAGUGGGGCGCCGGCCGGGCGGCCAUGGGGAGGGGCGGAGGUCACCUCUUGGGCACCAUCGUCCGCUGCCCACCCUCUCGCCGGCCCCGGCCUGUCGUCGAUCCCCUCGGUCGCAAUGA